UUUCCUAAAACUUGCUAUGUCGGACGCUGCUACCACCCCGCCAGUCCGGAUUUUGCCUAGCAAAUCGUCGACGAUCUCCUCGCAAGAGGCGUAUGCUCGUGUCUCUUCCUUCCUCGAGGAAUUCCAACAACGAAGCACGCCUCUGAGCGGUGGAGACGCAACAGUCCCCGCACAGCUGUCGAAGUUGACUACUGCUCUUCGUGAGGAGCAGGGUGCGAAGUGAAUGGAGAGAAGAUCCAUUAGAAGUCCUCAGGAGCACAUGCGUGCGCACAAGCCUCCCCCGAAGAUUCCCAAUAUUACAAGACAACGGUCCGCGGUCAAGACGCUCGCCUUCAGGCAGAUCUACGGCUGCGAUAUCCCGCAACUAGUAGUAGCAAGACGAAUCGCUGGAUGACAGAGCGACACAACUGCAAAGGAUGUCAAUCAUUCGAAGCGGUGGCUGACAUAUUCAAUUGUUUCGUGAGCAUGACUCGCUGAUACUGCUCAUGUGAUGCCCUCAUCCUUGUCCUAUGUUGCCGACCCUGGGGACACUUUACGCAUUCAUACUCGCAUUACUGUGAUGCAACGGCGAAGCUUUGGGCUCCUCGUAUUUUUUCCCUGAUCUUCGAUUUCAUUUUUCGCUUUCCACA